UUAACGAGGAGCUACCGUUAUUAGCCUACUAUAGCCUACCUACCUACCGUUUGGAUUUACUACAGUUACUAUUCCUACCGUUCGAAAUUGAAUACAGUUCGAUGGGUGUAUAAACCGUGGACUAGACACUGCCGAACAUUACAAUAUAAUAUAUAAUAUCACGGCCAAAAGCUGUCUGCGCCUCCGGAACAUUAUGAAUCUUAUUAUAUAUUGAUAAUAAUUAAAGCAUUCAUAUAUCUCCCGACCGUCGGGUUCUUCCACUUUCUCAUCAAUCUGAAGCACAGAAUUGAAUCGCGACAUGGAGCGACACCCGCCGGAGCGGACACCCGCUACAAUCCGGCGGGUGUCUGGGAGUACAGAACAAUUUUGGGCCAAUUGCUGUACUGCCUUUAUCUGAAUAAAAAAUAAUUAAUGUCGAGACAGCUUAAGAUUUUGGGUCGAUGCACGCAUUUUUGGAAGAGGUUGGUAGUAGUGAUGGAAGAGGUUGGUCGUGCUCGACCCUUUAGUUGCGACCGAUUUGAAGAACUCUCUACAAUAAACCUGAUUCUGUCAUUCCUCAGACACCUUGUAGGCCUACCCAAAACAUUGCCAAACUAUGGAGCCAUUUGUCUUCUGCGCCAAGUUUGCCGGCGGACUCGAUGUUUCACGCCGUAGGGGAUUUAAAAAAGUGACGUGAGUGGAAGGGUGUGUGUGUGAGCCGUAGGCAGAGCAGGAGAGAGAUAAGCAGAAUUACGAAAUAGCAGGCGGCAGUCGCGGUUCAAAACUGCUGUUAUUUGGAUAAAAUAUGCUGUACUUUCAAUGCAAAUUAAACUACAUCGAUGUUGACGAUAGCGUCUCGUUCCAUAUCUCGUUUGAAAAAAAUAUCUAUAUAUUUCCAAUAUCGAUAUAUCGCCCAGCCCUACAUCCAGGUAUAACUAUCGUUAUACCUGUGAAAAAAUGACGAGCUGUACAAACCCAGCUCACAACACUAUUUCAACAACUCCUCUCUGGGAAUUCAGUAAUGCAAAUGCCAUAACCAAGAUUAUUGGUGUUUUCAUUGCUGCUUAUCUAUGGGUUGAGAAACAGGCUAUCUUUUCAAAUUUUCCCCUUAACUAUUAACCAUACCGUAAUGUGACUUAAAAAACGAGGUACGUACCGAACCGUGACUUUUGUGUACCGUUACACCCCUAUAUAACGUGUUUUAAAACAAACCAAUAAUCCCUUGUCGUCCUAAAGACAGGUUUCAGUCUGAUUUCAAUUCAUUGUCAAAGAUGCAUUCUGAAGCUGCACCUUCUGUCUGCUUCAGGUUUAACAUCAAGGUCAACCUGCAGCUGGUCACCAGCUUCAUGCUGACUGGCAUAUCGGGGGGAGCCAAGUACGCACAGAACGGCCAGCUCUUCGCCCGCUUCAAGCUCACGGAGACGCUGUCUGAGGACACACUGGCAGGCCGCCUGGUGAUGACCAAGGUGAACUCGGUGCUGCUGCUGCCCGUGGGCCGGGAGUGGUGCGGCGGCCAGCCGGGCCUGAAGGAGCGCGUCUACGAGGCGGUCAUCGAAGAGAAGACCAAGGACUACAUCUUCCUGCGGAUCUGCAGGGAGUGCUGCGACGAGCUGGGGCUGCUGCCUGACCGGGAGCUUCAGGUGGAGCUCCAGUUCCAGCUGAACAGGCUGCCUCUGUGUGAGAUGCACUACGCUCUGGACCGCAUCAAGGACAACAACAUCCUGUUCCCCGACGCCAGCCUGGUGCCCACCAUACCUUGGAGCCCCAACAGGCAAUGGGACGAGUUGCUGGACCCCCGGCUGAACGCCAAGCAGAAGGAGGCCAUCCUGGCCAUCACCACGCCUGUUACCCUGCCCCUGCCACCAGUGCUCCUCAUCGGGCCCUAUGGCACGGGCAAGACCUUCACCCUGGCCCAGGGAGUCAAACACAUCCUCCGGCAGCAGCACAGCAGGGUCCUCAUCUGCACUCAUUCCAACAGCGCUGCUGACCUGUAUAUCAAGGACUACCUUCACCCAUACGUGGAGGCAGGCAACCCCCAUGCCAGACCGCUCAGGGUCUACUUCCGGAAUCGCUGGGUGAAGACAGUGCACCCGGUGGUGCAGCAAUACUGCCUCAUCUCAGACACCCACUACACCUUCCAGAUGCCCAAGAGGGACGACAUCCUGCGGCACCGCGUUGUGGUGGUCACACUCAGCACCUCCCAGUACCUCUGCCAGCUGGACCUGGAGCCCGGGCUGUUCACUCAUAUCCUGUUGGACGAGGCCGCCCAGGCAAUGGAGUGUGAAACCAUUAUGCCUUUCGCUCUGGCCAGCAAGAACACGCGCAUCGUGCUGGCAGGAGACCACAUGCAGUUGAGUCCCUUUGUGUACAGUGAGUUUGCACGGGAGCGUAACCUGCACGUGUCCCUGUUGGACCGCCUGUACGAGCACUACCCGCAGGAAUUCCCCUGUCGCAUCCUGCUCUGUGAGAACUACCGCUCCCACGAGGCCAUCAUCAAUUACACAUCAGAGUUGUUCUACGACGGGAAGCUGAUGGCCAGCGGAAAGCAGCCGUCCCAUAAAGACUUCUACCCUCUAACCUUCUUCACUGCCCGUGGAGAGGACGUCCAGGAGAAGAACAGCACCGCAUACUACAACAACGCCGAGGUGUUUGAGAUCGUGGAGCGGGUGGAAGAGAUGCGGAGGAAGUGGCCCGUGUCCUGGGGCAAGCUGGACGAGGGCAGCAUCGGCGUGGUGUCGCCCUAUGCAGACCAAGUGUUCCGCAUCCGCGCAGAGCUCCGCAAGAAGCGCAUGCACGAGGUCAGCGUGGAGAGGGUGCUCAACGUGCAAGGCAAGCAGUUCCGGGUGCUGUUCCUGAGCACGGUGCGCACGCGCCACACAUGCAAGCACAAGCAGACGGCCAUCAAGCGCAAGGAGCAGCUGGUGGAGGACUCCACGGAGGACCUGGACUAUGGUUUCCUGUCCAACUACAAGCUGCUAAACACGGCCAUCACCCGGGCCCAGUCCCUGGUGGCCGUGGUUGGAGACCCCAUAGCGCUCUGCUCGGUGGGCCGCUGCAGGAAGUUCUGGGAGCACUUCAUCUCAAUCUGCCACCAGAACACCAGCCUUCACGGCAUCACCUACGAGCAGAUAAAGGCCCAGCUGGAGGCCCUGGAGCUCAAGAAGACCUAUGUGCUCAACCCGCUGGCCCCCGAGUUCAUCCCCAGGGCCCUCCGGAUCCUGCUGAGCUCCCAUCAGCCCAGCCAGAACCUCCACCAACACCAACACUCACACCACCCACAGGCAGCCACCUGCAAGCAGCAGCCUCCGGUGCAGCAGCAGGUGCUGCAACAGCAGCCUUCACAACAGCAGUCGCCUCCAAAGGGGAAACAUGGCAACCACACGGAGCACUUUCCCCCUGAAGGAUUUGUCCAGGCCAGCCCCGCGGUGCUGAUGGGGAACCCCAUCCGGGCCUUCAGCCCCCCGCUUGGCGGUACACCGGCCGCCCUGGGCAAGUCCCCCAGCCCGGUGCAGAGGAUAGACCCCCACACCGGCGCCAGCAUCCUCUAUGUCCCGGCCGUCUACGGGGGGAACAUGGUGAUGUCCAUGCCCCUGCCGCUGCCGUGGGCCGGCUACCCCAACCGCUUCGCCAUGGACCCGCGAAUCAUGAACCACCAGGCGGCCAUGGCCUACAACUUCAACCUGCUGCAGGCCCAAAACCGCGGGCCGUCCCUACCCUACGGCGCGGUGGGCCACCCCUCACCCCUGGGCCUGGCCCAGCCCAGCCCGGACAAGGAGCUGCACGUUGACCCCCUCAGGAACGGUAAAUUGGAAGGCUGUCCAAAGCCCGAGCAGAGUCGUCUGCAGACGCCAGAACGCAAACUUGCAGAGUUGAAGGACAAGCAGGGGGACGUGGACGCGGGGCGAGGCCUGGAGUCCCACAUUGACGGCCCGGGGGCCUUCCCCAACACCAUGCUCAAUCGCAAGGACCCCUCGGCAGGCCAUAGACCCCUCAACUACCACCUGACUCCCCCGAACCAGGGCUUUGUCCCGCACCCGUCCGGGGGGCGCCCCUUCCCCCAGCAGUACCCAGUCUCCAGGCUGCCUUACCGGGUGGGCCAGCCCUCGCAACACCCGGCCAUGGGCCAGCAGUCGCAGCUCGGCACCGCCUACUCGGGCGGGAUCCACAACCCCGCCUUCUUCGGUGGACCCGUCCCCUCACACAGGGGAGUGCACUCCCCCACCCUGGAUGGCUCCGAGUCCGUGGACGAUGGGGCCGGCUCCAUGAGGGCUCCCAUGGGGGCCCACGCGGCUGGCCACCACCCCGGCCUCCUGCAGCCCGGCAGGGUCAACAACUUUGGUGAAGAAGGGCCGGACGGUGGCCCGGCAGACAGCCUGGACCUGCAAGGCUCUCUUGCGCUGGAGGUCCUCGGCCAGCAGCAGCAGGCGGCGAGGCUGGGCCAGUGGGGGGAGCCUGGGGGGCCCUUCCUCCAGGGCGGCAUGGCCUUCCCUCUGCCUCCGCAGCUUGCCCACCUGGCCCAGCCCGGCAUCGUCCAGCCCGGCAUGGCCCAGCCCGGCCUGCCUCGCUUCCCCCACCAGCUACUGAGGGCGGCCUGGGGCCUUGGGGGCAGCACGGAGGAAGAGGGGGCCUCGCCGGGCGCACCUGGGACCUCGUUCACCAGGUACCCGGGCCUCCUGAGGGAGAUGACCCCCCAGGAGCAGGCUGAUCCCAGGGAGCAGACGGAGAUGCAACCCCCCCCCCAGUCCCGCCUCCUCCAGUACCGUCAGGUCCAGUCCCGUUCCCCCGGAGACCCCUCCUCGCCGUCCGCCACCUCAUCCAAUCACAUGGCGGCAUUCCCCACGGGGCCAUACCCCCAGGACCCGGGCCGAGACCUCCUGGCAGACCUGGGCGCCCAACAGCAGCUCCACCAACAGCACCCUGGCACCGCCCUCUAUAACCACGGCUCCUACCCCCACCAUCAUACCCUGGGCCCUCCCGCCUCCCCCCCGCUCUCCCAGGCCAAGUACCUGCCUCCGGAGGCCCAGUGGUCUCACGGGGGAGCUGCAUCAGGUGGACCACCUCCUCCGCAGCAGAGCCACCUGCUCGGGAACCAAGGCCACAGCUUUCCGUACGGGAUGCCCGUAAUGGGACACCCCAGUAGGCAGGAGCAGGUCCAUCUGAUGCAGCUCCACCACCAGCAGCAGCAGCAGCAGAGCCAGGGACCAGGUGCGGAGACGUACCACCACCCCCUGUCUCCCAGGACCACAGCGGCAACCACGGCUCUCCACAACGUAGACGAGUACGAGCCCAGGGGCCCCGGGCGGCCCCUAUACCAGCGGCGGAUCUCCUCAACCUACCCCGACGAGCCCUCCCCCUCCGGCACCCAUACCAGCCUAUCCCAGCAGGUCCAGCUCUGCCAGCCGGACCCCCAGGAGCACCCCCACGACCAUGGCCACGGCCACACACAGCAGCCCGGCCACGCCCCCUACGGUUAUCCCCCGGGCGAGCUGUGGCCCAGUAACGGAGGAGGAACCCCCGGCGCCUUCCACAACAUUCCAUGCAACGGCGCCGGCUCUUUAGCCCACCACCGAGAGCUGCUAGCGGUGUCCUCCAAGGCCCUCCGGCCCGCGGGGGAGGAGCAAGGCAAAGCGGAGGGGCCAGCAGGGCAGCAGCAGCCGCCGCAGCCCCCAGCUGGAGCCAGCCUCCCGCACCUUGGACAAUUCCCCCCUCUCAUGCCCCACGCCAAGCUGCAGCAGCAACAGCAACAACAGCAACAACAGCAACAGCAGCAGCAGCAGCAGCAACAACAGCAGCAACAGCAGCAGCAGCAGCAGGGCCCUCCAGAAUCUGGGCAGGGGCCCCCCAACCAGGCCAAGCCCCCCACCAUGUCGUAUGCCAGUGCCCUGCGGGCCCCGCCCAAGCCCCGGCCCGCCGCCCGGCCUGAGCAGUCCAAGAAGAACAGCGACCCGCUCUCGCUGCUGCAGGAGUUAAGCAUCGGCAGCUCCAACGGCAGUAACGGGUACUACUCCUACUUUAAGUAAGCCUCUUUAAGGCACCACCUCAACUACUUGGCCCAUCCCUGAGUACUUAAACUCCUCCCCAUCCCUCCUCAAGAAGUGAUAUUUAAAUAUAAAAAAAAAUAUAUAUAAAAAAGGUAAAACUGUGAAACUAAAUAAAAAAAGGGAUAAAAUAUCUGGUGAAAAAGUGCUAUCAAUAGUUUUUUGUUUUGUUGGUUUUUUUCAGCCUUUUUGUUUUAUCUGUUAUAGUCAAAUCUUCUCACAUAUUCACAUAUCUGUGAAGAACAAAGACCUAAGUAUAUAUAUAAUGAACGCAUUACCGUAUGUAUACAUACUCAUUAUGUAUAUAUGAAUAUAUACUUAUAUUAUGUAAACUUGUAAAUGUACGUAAUUCAGAAAAAAAAUCAAAAGAAAAAAAAAAUCCUAAAUUUGAAAAAAGCCUAAAAAGAUGUGACUUAGUUGACCACUUAGCAGCCAGGACGUUUUCUUACAAGCUGAAGGGUGAGUGCUGACCGAGGGACUACUCAGACUGCCAGGGCUCUUCGUGGUUUCCUAUCUUUCCGUUCCAGUGGUCUUUGUACGCCUGGUUUUUUUCCUACUUCUAUAGUUGCAGUAAAAACAAAACAAAAAAGACCAAAAAGAUGUUGCUAAGUGGUCAGCUGACUCGGUGUAUAGAAGUAGACCUGUUUUCUCUAAUCUGUACAUAGAUAAACAUCAUAAUGAAUUGUUUGCCACAGACAGAAGUCCACGUUAGUGUUCAACUGAGAACAGAUCUUCUGCUUCUCCUCCCCACUGGGACUUUUUAUUUGACCUAAAGCGUGGUUACACAUUGAUUACGUUUGCCUGAUUAUAAUUACUUUAACACUUAAACCGAACACGUUUGUUGUUUUGCAUUUUGAUUUUCUUUGUUGUAAUUUUUUUUCUUUCAAAAUGGCUAUUCUGUACAAUUAUAGAAACUAUCUCACACUCAAUCAUGUUUCAUUUAAAAAAACAAAAACAAAAAACAGGUUAUGAAGGAAAUCAUUGUCCUAAACACAUGAUCUACAGCAGAGGAAGAGGCCCUCCAGGAGGCACUCACACACGCAGACACGCACACCCAGAUGUGCACGCUCAUGCAGGCAUGCCUCGGCGGAAGAGGAGGACUGUCCCCACAAGGCUCCACAGGCCUCCUGGAUCAUAGGGCAGGGCUACAUGGAGGAAUGCGUCUCCAUACACUUGGUUAAGGGGUUUGUAGGAGGUCAGGUUCUCAUCUCCAGGGGGAAACGCUGGCGUGUCUGAGGAAGUUGUCCCAGGGGUGUAAAGGUGAAAAGGCUAGUCUUUAAGAAAGUGUUUAUAGAGGCGAGGUCAGAGGGUCAAGUUGACUACAUGUAUCCCAUCAGUUUUUAGGUUGGUUUCAUUCAGAGGGAUUGAUAACUCACUGGCUGAAGGCCUAAAAGUAACUGAACAAUUGUAUUUACCAUCUGAGAUAGGUUACCAGCUGGCUGUACUUUAUUAUUUAUCUUCUUUUUAUUACCUAAAGAUAAAAUGCAAAAAGAAGUGGCACAUAUCAGAAGAUCGAUGAUGAUGAGGAUUAGGAUGGUCAGAUGGUUAUGAGAGCGGACUGGAGGCCGCUGGGGAGGGGUCGCCGUGGGACUCCUAGGAGCUCCGGAGAGGCUUGGGUAACAACAGUCAGCAGUAGUUUAAUAGAGACCAUUCAGUCCAUUACAAAUGCAUACUUGUAAAUACACAUUUUCUAGAGAUUUCCAAAAAAGAAAAAGAAAAGAAAAAGAUUUUGGGGAGUGCCCCCCAAUUGGACGUGCUGUCUCAGAGAGGCGUGUCCUUUUUAAUUAUGCAAAUCCCUCUCACACACACUCCCCAGCGUCCAUGUUGCAGGGGGGUGCAGGCGACCUGAUUGAUGUUGUGAGAUAGUUUCUGGCUGAGGAGACCCCCGAAGCUUCGUUUCUGGCGGAGAGGGGGGGGGGGUUCUUUCUUUGAACUCUUGUUUGACCUUUCGUUCCGUGCAUGUUCAGCUGACCAGACUGAUUUUAACCCCUCCCCCUCUGUUUUUCUCAAGCUCUUUGUAUUGAUUUGUGGGGGGUGGAUAAGUAAACAGGUUUAUGUUCACAAUACAAUACAAGUUUGAGUAUAUUAUUUGAUGUGUACAAUGACUUGUGACAUUAUAGAAAAAAACAUAUUCUACUAUUUUACUACCAUGCCCAUGGAAUAUGUACUGGUCGUGUGAGUUUUUUUCUGUUCUCUACUUAUUUAGCAUGGCUGUGCUCAUGUUGCUCGCUACCAGGUGCCAUUAUUAUUUUCAAUUUCUGUCGGAAACAAACCAGUUCAGAACCAUUUUCCACAAAUGAUUUGAACAAGUUACGCGAUACAAGUGCUCCUCAAACGGCCUCAUCCUGCUCUUCAGUGGGAUGUUUAAAACACCACCAGGCCUCUGCUCCACCAGGCCUCCUAAACCAAACCCCAGGCCCUCCCCCUCCUGAACCACUCCCCAGGCCCACCUCCUGCUGAGCAUGAACGGUCCCAGACCCCAGGGAACGUUCAUCAGUUUGGGAUAAAGGUACACGCGCACAGCAGCAUUUGUACUGCUCUUCUAAUGGUAGAACUGAUGGCCCAGUGGUCAGCGAGGCACCGGCAACCAGCCAGAGACCAGCGUGUUCUGGUGAGACACCCCCCCCCCCCCCUGUUCUGCAGUAGGUGGAGGCACCUCUCAAAGCUCCAGCAUCCUUCAGGCCGUUCACUAGAACUGUUUACUAGAGAUGUUCUGAUCCGUUGGCUGGUGGGCCUCAUAGCAGAUUUAGACUGUUUCAAAGGAUUCUUUUAACUCUUAUCUUUUUUGGGGGGGGGGGGGUUGUUUUCUGUUUCUCUAUUAAAGUGUUUUUCUUUUUUAAUGAAGUUUAUUGGAAAUCUUGGUCUUUGUGUGUGUGUAUGUGUGUGUGUGUGUACUGGGACAGAUCAUGCCUCAGUGCUACACUAUAUUCUUUUUGCCAAACUUGAUUUAUUUUUUAAAUAUUGCUUACCUCCUAGAGCAUCCCGCAAUGUCUUGCGAUAUUGAUAUCCCCCCUCAGAAUGUUUUGACGGCUCCGCCGUCAACACUCUCCCAAGUAAGACGUUAUGUCUUAUUCAAACAACCCGCCGAACCGCAUAUCAACAAACAAGUCUCAAGAUCUUUACGGUCCCAUGGCAUGAAAGUGUCACUUUAUGAGGAUUUCUAACAUUAAUAUGAGUUCUCCUAGUCUGCCUAUGGUCCCCCAGUAGCUUGAAAUGGCGUUAGUUGUAAAACAAGCCCUAGGUAUCCUGCUCUGCCUUUGAAAAAACAAAGGUCAGACGCGCCGAUUUGGAAUUUUCCCCUUAUGUCAUCAUACGGAGACAUGCUACCUCCCCUUUCUCUGCUUAGCCCGCCCAGAGAAUUUGGCCCGCCAAUAAGACGAUGAGCUACGAACAUGGUUGGUGUUAUGGCGGAUAACACGUCGGGUUCUCUGACGUCUCUGGUAUUUUCUAGGCCUGCAGCGGAUUCGAAUUGUAUCCGAAUCCGUUCGGUUCGUUUACCACAGUUCGGAGCAUUCUGGAGAUCCGCGGAUUUCGGUUUCAUGAAGGCAUUGCCUUAUGUAGCGUAUUUUGCCUACUGUAGCCUACGUCCGAUACAAAAGUGUGUUUAGGACCCAGCAGAAUGCAUUCUCUCCAGUGCUGCCCGAGCCAAUGAGACUUUUCCCGCUUCAUGCUGCGCUCGUCGCCAGAGUUCUAAGCCUCGUCGGCCGUUAUCCCUUACAUGUUACACUCAGUGCACCAUGUUUUCAAAUGCAUUUAGGGGAACAUUUAUUGCACAAAAAAGCCUUGCAAGUUGUCUGAUUACAGUCAAUUAACACAUUGCAAAUAGCCUGUGGGUCUCAUUCGUUUUUGUGUUUCUCCCCCAAACCCUCCAUCAAAAAAAAGUCUGCCUUUUUACUAUCACGGACAUGAUCCUAAUCCGAACCGUAUCCGUAACCGAGGCCCAAAACGGUUAUCUGAACCGAACCGUGGACACACUGAUCCGUUUCACCACUAGUAUUUUCACAACGACACUCGUAGUGGGGGUUAUCUCGGCAAUGGUUGAGAAGGAAUUGGGGGGAAAGGAACUUUGGCUAGGCUCCCUGAAGUACAUGAACUGUGACAUGGAGGAGAAAGGGAUUGUUGACCGCGAUUGUCCCGCUGAUUCUCCCGCUGCCGAGGCGUUGGUGCCUCGGCAGUGGGCAGCCGGCCUCCGGCGGGAGACAAUCGAGGGCAACAAUCCCUUUCUCCUCCAUGUCCGGGUUUAGUCUACUUCAGAUUGUUGUGGAAGUGGAGGGUUAUCUCAGCCAUGGUUGAGAAGGUAUUGGGGGGGGGGGGGAAAGGAACUUUGGCUUUGACUCCCUGAAGUACAUGAACCACUACAUAGAGGAGUAAUUUCAGAUUCAUAUCCUCUGGCGGUGCACACAGCUUUUGACCGUGAUAAUAUAUAUUAUAUGAUAUAGAUAUCUAUGUUUAAUAUAUUAUUCAGAUAUAGAGCUCCAGGACUCCCGCCGAUUAAUUAACAAUUAAUCCUGCGCCCCCUCCCUUCUCCGUUCCAUUAGGGAACAUGUUUGGUUUCAUUUCACUUGUUUCGUAUAUUUCUCCCGCCCUACUCCUCUCCCCCUCCCCCACUCAAGCCUGUGCUUUAUUUCACGGCUCUUCUUAAUGCUGUGGAAUGCUCCGUUCACUUGCAUGGGCCUUCCCAACUUCCGGCGAUCAAUUAUUUUUUGAUAAUUGACCGUUGCUAAGCAUGUAAUGACCGCUGUCAAGGACAGUGUUUUUUUGCCUCGAAUUCACGUCUUUCAUAUCACUCCGCAAAUAGUCCGGUAAUUUGUCAACCCCAGCGCAUUCGGUUGUAUCUGUCAACGUAUUUGGCAAACUAUUUCUCUGCUGAUCAACAAAUUGUAAAAAGACACACCAUUUGAAGUUAUUUUUUCGUUUUGGCAAGUAGCUAUGUAAUAAGCGGUAUAAUGUAUAGAACGCCGGUCAUUUUUGAAAAUAAGCCGCUUCAGGGCGAAGCAAGACGCCUCCGCUUCGCUCUGUCUGGGCUUAUUUUCCCUAUAUUUUCCCGAUAAUGACCGGCGUUAUAUAAAUUAUCCCUUAGUUUCACUAAGGUGCUUCUGUAAAUGAAUUUUUACAGAAUUUUCAGUUUCAGAAGAAGCUGUUUGUUAUUAUUAUUAUUAUUUUCAACUAACCAAUAGUAGUUGCCAUGUAUUUAAAAAAUAUCAAUGCCCUUUGACCUCUGAAUAACAGUUAAAGCCAUUGAAUAAUUUAUUUGCAUGCAUAGACCAAUGUGUGGCGCAGCGCCAAAGAAUCAACACAGAGCGCCACAAAUUGAUUCUGCUUCUUUUUUUAUUAAGGGAUGUUCUGCGUUGUUUGAUUGUUGGUGUGAUGGGUAGAGAAGGACCACGGGACACAGUUGUUCGGAGUUGUGGAAUACGCUUGGCAAUUUAUUCCCCAACAGUGGAAAUUCUUCAAUAGUCGCCUUGGAUCUAGGGUCAAACAAGAAUUAGAAAAUACUCUUUGACCCAACAAAAUGUAAAAAUAAAUACAUGUAACCAUAAACUAUAUAAUUAAAUAAACAUUAUCUUUCAAAUAAAAGAAGAAAAAGACGAAAACAUUAAAUUAAGCAGUAGACAAAAUCAUACGAGGUCAUAUAAGACGCAAACACACACAUCACAUAUAACCCUCGAACAUCCCAUGCAACAUAUUUACCAAACAAACGGAUGGGUGGUUUAAACGUAUAUUUAAAAUAUAGAUUGGGCAAAAAUACUGCUCCCCUUGGAUCCGUAAGCCUUGGAUCUAUUAGGGUCAAACAUGAAACAAGAAUUAGAAAAGAUGGUUUACGCAUGAACUACGUUGGCACACAAGGGACACAAUAUUCAAAUCGCGGUAAACAGUGCCACAUGGUGGCCUGUCUAAUUAACAACCUUACAUAUGUAUAGAACGAUAAUGAACACCGUUCAUUUUAUACAUUUUGUACACAUUUCAUUUUGUACACAACAUUGUGCUCCAUUUACCUUUACACAGGCAUAUAAUGUAAUGCAUAUAGUACCUAAUUUCCGCCAUGGUGGCGUUGAUCUAUUGGUGCACUCUGUCCUGUGAAAGCUACACAUUUUGUAGAGCAGUAUUGAAACAUGGCGGACAGAACGUGUCGUAACCAAAUGUGUACUUUGCCUGUGUAUGUUUACAGGUAAGCAAACAAUAUAAGAGUCAUGAAUGUACAUAAGAUGAGCUGGGCAAGGGUUAGAGAUGUGGGGAAGAGUUGGCAAGUUAACUCAGCCGUGAAUGUUGUAUUAAAGGUUGUAAUGCCGUCAUAAGCAACUUCUGCUAGCAGCUAAGCUAAUCUUCUUGCGUCGCCAUUAGGGUCCGGUCGCGGUACAUUUAUGUAGAUGGUGUUUGUUUACUUUGUAUGCCAAGGUUAAGAACUGGGAAUAAUAUCAGGAGCCACAAUGUGCUUUUAUUUUGUGUAUUUCCAUUGCCGAUUACUAUGUCUAUUAAUAUGUAUUUUUGCGAAUGGUGUAAUACUUAGAUUAGGAUGUAAACAGACCGAGUGAAACACAUUUUGUAGAGCAGUAUUGAAACAUGGCGGACAGAACGUGUCGUAACCAAAUGUGUACUUUGCCUGUGUAUGUUUACAGAAGUCAUUAAAGAAACUACUCUUCAAGUCACGCUUGAGUUUAUUUUCAAGUGUGCUUAGCAACCGAAGACGGACGCUGGGGUUGAAAAGUUACCGGUACCAAAGACGUCAUUAGAGGCAAAAAAUCCUUUGUUUUCCUUGACAGCGGUCAAUGGGCCUAUCUCACAACUUCCUGGUUCGGCGUUCGAUUUUGCCUUCACCGGGUAAAGUGACUUCCGGUCGCGUAGUCCAUGAUAUUUGACAAUGGCGCAGUCAAAAAACAAAAGCUUCUGUUGUGUACCUCUAUGCGCCAAUUCAAAACAAAAACAACCGUAUUUACAUUUUCACGACUUCCCAAAUAAUACCCAAUACAGCAGUGGCGAUCAGACGGAAUGAAGGAGUUAAUUUCGUAAUUCAGAAGGGGAGUACACUGGUCUGUAGUCGGCAUUUCUCAGCGGCUGAUUAUGACGACGGGAGUGCUACGCUGAAUACUGGAGCUGUUCCUAGUCGUUUGGACUGGAACAGCUACACCACAGCCCCGGAAAAAAAACCUGUGUAUAAACGGGUGUCAGCUCGAAAAGCUGAAGGAAAGGACAAAACACAAACGGACCGGAGAGGUACCGGGGAACAUGACUACGCGACACGCCCCCCUGCCGGUAAGUAGAUGUGUGCUAACUAGCUGUUAUGUCUGUUAUUUGUGUUCAACACUUGUUGGGCUAUUGUAUAAUUUUGCCAAACAUGGCAUGGUUAACGUUAAAACAUUCAAUCAACAUCAGACGUACUGUUAAACUGGGGUUGCAUAUUAAUUCAGAUUCAGCUUUAUUGGCCAGGUUUGCGAACAAAUAAGGAAUUUUACUUUGGUUUUUACUCUCUAUUUACAACACUCACCUAUAGUUAAUACAUAAAAAAGAUCUGGAGGCAAGGCUGCAAGAAAUGUCCAUGGGGCCACAAACUGUCCUCAACAGAUUUUGUGUGUCUGAUCAGACCAUGACAUAUUAUACUCGGUUUCCAUCUCAAGAAGUGUUUCAAGUGUUUUGGGAGUCUGUUUUGCCCCUCAACACAAUAUAUUCUUUAUUGGAGCAAAGCACAGAGGAUUGGACAAGAGGCGAUUCCAACACCAAGCCCUUCAAGGAAGAUUCCAGUCAUUGAUGAGUUUUUCAUCUACUGUUGUAGAGUACCAACUGGCCUUAAAGAACAGGUCAUUGCUGACAUCUUCCAGGUCAGCACAGCUGAGAUGGUACCAACUCCAAGCUGGAUAUUCCCUCUAGGAUGUGGGACAUCAAAGGGCGAAACGUCAAAUAUAAAUGUGACUUUUUUUUUAUAUUGUAGUGAUAACAGAUGUAUUCUAAUAUGCAUCUUUUCAUAAUGAGCAAGUUUAACAGAGUGCAAAUUGCAACACAAAUGUCUUACCAGCAUACGUUCUGUAGAGUGCGGACUUGACUCCAAUCUUCCCCCCCCGACUUGGGUUCCUUCACCACCAGGUCACUCACAGCCUCUGGAUGGAUUCCCUGAGGCGAACAACAAAAAUUUAGUCAUACAGGAAAUGCUCAUAUACUCUAGGCAAAUACUGAAGUGUAUGAUUUGAACAGAGGAAACAACAGCACACGCGUGUUCGAGGUCGAUGCCACAUCUGUGGUUGACUGGUACAGGCCAGGGAAGGUGGAACCACAUCAAGGCCCAGCUGCACAUUAUGCGCUGUCUGGAACAGCAGAGCGGUUAUAUGGCUACAGAAGCCUUUGCCCGCAGCACAGCUACAGCUGUGUUCUGAGAGACCCAGUUGUCCAACAGCCUCCAGGGUGAUCUGUGAACACCAUAAGAAUUGAGUUACUGAACUUAGUAGGUAGGACCUUGAUAUAAGGCCAUUGGAAACUGGCAAGGAGCCUGCAACCGCAGAAAAGCCAUGUACAGUUCCGUGCAAAAACUCUUGGGCCACCAUUACAUCUGUUGUUUUAGCAAUGUUAUAACAUGAACUAGCCUAGAUGUUUGUCCUUUUAAUGCACUCAACAAAUUUCCUUUAUUUACGGCUUGUGCCUUAAUGAAGAGGAAGAAAAAUACAUAGGUCUGUACAGCCACAACAUUGCAGCAAGCUAGGUGGGCCAAGUCUUAAGCACGCUACUGUUUGUAAGAAAGAACAAUGAAAAUGAUCUGAACUUCAGAAGAAGAGGAAAACUGCAACUGCGGUUGUUAGUCCAGACAGACUAUCAAAACUAACAGACUUGGGCCAACGGGCCCUAACUCAGCAGAAACCUGUAGUAUGUGGGGCUCCUCAUUCCUCCUCAUCGAGCGGUUGCAUCUACCUCUCACUACCACCUUUCCAUCAUCUAUAUUUGACACAGCAUAUACAUAAUGUUAAUAAUAUGUCGCUGAUCGGAAGAAAACUGGUCAGCAAAUAACUAGCUGAACCUAUCCUUGGCUAAACUAAUGCUAAAAUGCUAACGCUACACACGGAGACUUCAUAGCCACCAUGGCUAAUUAUAUUCAUAAUAUUAUAGUCUACACGUAACAAAUAUGAUCAUUUUACACACAUUUCACACACAGACAAUAUUUAUGACGAUUUAUAUGGAUCGUAUAUGGUUUGCUUGUCAUCACAAAACAUGAAUGAGCAAGGCGGCCAUUGAGUAGCCUACUGACAACAACAAAACACCUUAGACAACUUACCUUGAUAAUUGUGUACAAACUCCUCCACAAAAAACUUGUACCCCUUUGUCAGCCUGGGCCAGUGUUGCCAACUUAGCGAUUUUGUCGCUAUAUUUAGCUACUUUUCAGACCCCUUUGGCGACUUUUUUUCAAA